GGGAGGGGCGUGAGCCACUCUGCUCCCCGCUGCGUCACUAAAUGGGCGGGUACUUAGAACUACGUUACACAGAUUCGUGCAUGCGCGUUGGGCGCUCGUUGUGUCUCCCAAAUAAGAUGGCGGCGCCGCUUUCUCGCUUGGAGGAGUAAAUAUAAAGGAACUUCGAUCAAUAUGGCGGUGCGGUGAUCUUCCACAAACAUUACAAAAUAUUUGAAUCAGUGUUGUGCCUGGAUUAGGGCAUGCACGGUGUGAUGAACGACACACUCUGUAUUUGUGACGAGAGAGACAAAGAGAGAGCAUUCCAGCCUGGGGGUAGCCCAGCAUGGCUGCUGCUUCGUAUGACCAGCUGUUAAAGCAAGUGGAGGCGCUGAAAAUGGAAAACACAAACCUUCGACAGGAACUAGAAGAUAAUUCAAAUCAUCUUACAAAACUUGAGACUGAAGCAUCAAACAUGAAGGAGGUUCUGAAGCAGCUCCAAGGAAGCAUUGAGGAUGAAGCUAUGACUACUACUGGUCAGAUUGAUCUCCUAGAACGGCUGAAAGAGCUAAAUUUGGAUGGCAAUAACUUUCCUGGGGUUAAAAUGAAAUCAAAAACGUCCCUCCGAUCCUAUGGAAGCAGAGAAGGUUCCCUCUCUGGUCACUCAGGGGAGUGCAGCCCUGUUCCAAUGGGCUCUUUUCCAAGGAGAGCAUUUGUCAAUGGAAGCAGAGAAAACACUGGGUACAUGGAGGAACUGGAAAAGGAGAGGUCAUUACUUAUUGCUGAGCUCGAAAAGGAAGAAAAAGAGAAGGACUGGUACUAUGCCCAGUUACAGAAUCUUACCAAAAGAAUCGAUAGCCUCCCUCUUACUGAAAAUUUCUCUAUACAAACUGACAUGACCAGAAGACAACUAGAAUUUGAGGCCCGGCAGAUUAGAGCUGCAAUGGAGGAGCAAUUAGGGACCUGUCAGGACAUGGAGAAGCGAGCACAGUUAAGAGUUGCUCGAAUUCAGCAAAUUGAAAAAGACCUAUUCCGGAUGCGGCAGAUGCUACAGACCCAGAAUAUGGAAUCUGAGCAGAGGCCGCCGCAGAACAAGCAUGAACCUGGAAGCAGGGAGGCAGAGAAGCCUCUUGAUGGACAAGGGACCUUGGAUGUCGCCACAAGCAGCACUGCUGGAAAUGGCCAGGUGAAAGAAAAUGCUACCCCAACUCGGGGGGAUCACGAGACUGCCAGUGUUAUGAGCUCAAACAGUACUUACUCCGUUCCACGAAGACUGACCAGUCAUCUUGGUACCAAGGUGGAAAUGGUAUAUUCUCUUCUGUCAAUGCUUGGUACUCAUGACAAGGAUGAUAUGUCUCGCACGCUACUAGCCAUGUCAAGUUCCCAGGAUAGUUGUAUUGCCAUGCGCCAGUCUGGAUGUCUUCCUCUGCUCAUCCAGUUACUACAUGGAAAUGAUAAAGAUUCAGUGCUGCUGGGAAACUCCCGUGGCAGUAAAGAAGCCCGUGCCAGAGCCAGUGCAGCCCUUCAUAACAUCAUCCAUUCUCAACCUGAUGACAAGAGGGGAAGAAGAGAAAUAAGAGUCUUACAUCUUCUUGAACAAAUCCGAGCCUACUGUGAAACCUGUUGGGAAUGGCAAGAGGCACAUGAACAAGGAAUGGACCAGGACAAAAAUCCAAUGCCUGCCCCUGUGGAGCACCAGAUCUGUCCUGCAGUAUGUGUACUGAUGAAACUCUCAUUUGACGAAGAGCAUAGGCAUGCAAUGAAUGAACUUGGGGGAUUGCAGGCUAUUGCAGAGCUUUUGCAAGUUGACUGUGAAAUGUAUGGACUUAUUAAUGACCACUAUAGUGUUACUCUGCGGCGGUAUGCUGGAAUGGCUUUGACCAACUUGACAUUUGGAGAUGUAGCCAAUAAGGCUACUCUGUGUUCAAUGAAAAGCUGUAUGCGAGCCCUUGUAGCCCAGUUGAAAUCAGAAAGUGAAGAUUUGCAGCAGGUCAUUGCAAGUGUGCUCAGGAAUCUGUCUUGGAGAGCAGAUGUCAACAGUAAAAAGACUUUACGUGAAGUUGGCAGUGUUAAAGCAUUGACAGAAUGUGCACUGGAUGUUAAGAAGGAAUCCACACUGAAAAGUGUACUGAGUGCCCUGUGGAACUUGUCAGCCCACUGUACAGAGAAUAAAGCAGACAUAUGUUCUGUGGAUGGAGCCUUGGCUUUCUUAGUGGGCACAUUAACAUACAGAAGUCAGACCAAUACACUGGCAAUUAUUGAAAGUGGAGGAGGAAUACUGCGUAAUGUAUCCAGUCUUAUUGCCACUAAUGAAGAUCAUAGGCAAAUUCUACGGGAGAACAAUUGCUUGCAAACUUUAUUACAGCACUUAAAGUCACACAGUCUGACAAUUGUCAGCAAUGCGUGUGGGACCUUGUGGAAUUUAUCUGCACGUAAUGCUAAAGAUCAGGAAGCUCUCUGGGAUAUGGGUGCUGUUAGCAUGCUCAAGAACCUCAUUCAUUCUAAGCACAAAAUGAUAGCAAUGGGCAGUGCAGCAGCUCUAAGAAAUCUUAUGGCAAAUAGACCUGCUAAAUAUAAAGAUGCCAAUAUCAUGUCUCCAGGAUCUACUGUUCCUUCACUUCAUGUUCGCAAGCAGAAAGCUCUAGAGGCAGAACUUGAUGCGCAGCAUUUAUCUGAAACUUUUGACAACAUCGAUAACCUAAGUCCUAAAACCUCUCACCGCAAUAAACAGAGACAUAAGCAGAACAUGUACAAUGAAUAUGCUCUAGACUCUAGUAGACAUGAUGAGUCUAUUUGUAGGUCUGACAACUUCAACCCUGGGAAUCUAACGGUUCUUUCUCCAUAUAUGAAUGCAACUGUUUUGCCAGCACAAUCUUCCAGGACAGCAGGUGAUGGCAACAGAACAGAAAAGGACAGAGAAAGGCCAGGAAUAAAUACCUAUCAUUCGGUGAGUGAAGGCAACUCAUCUAAGCGUAUUGGAUUACAGCUAUCAACUACUACUCCAAUUGCUAAAGUUUUGGAUGAGGUCUCAAAUAUUCAUCUGGUUGAGGAAAGAACUUCACCAUCAACUUCAGAAAUGCACAAUGCAUUGGAUGAAAGAACUGGUUCUAGAAAGACUUCUGCAAACCAUUCUAUGACACAUCCAUACAGCUUCAGCAAGGGAGACCAUCCUAACAGAGCAUGUCCUGUAUCCUAUAUCAAAAUGUCAUCAAAUGAUAGUCUAAACAGUGUUGGCAGCACUGAUGGCUAUGGAAAACGUGGUCAAGUAAAACCUUCAGUUGAGGCCUACUCUGAAGAUGAUGAGAGUAAAUUUUGCAGCUAUGGACAGUAUCCUGCAGGGUUAGCUCACAAAAUACACAGUGCUAAUCACAUGGAUGAUAAUGAUACUGAACUAGACACCCCAAUAAAUUAUAGUUUGAAAUACUCAGAUGAGCAAUUGAACUCUGGCAGACAAAGCCCAACUCAAAAUGAUCGAUGGGCACGACCCAAGCACUUAAUUGACAGUGAAUUGAAACAAAAUGAGCAAAGGCAGCCUAGGACCCAAAAGGCAUCGUAUAGUGGAUUUACUGAAAACAAAGACGAGAAACACAAAAAAUUCUCCUCACAUUUUUCCCAGCCUGAAAAUGUGUCCCCAUAUCGAUCAAGAGCUCCCAACACACAAGGAGAUCAAAUCCGAGCAAAUUCUACUAUUGGAAUAAAUCAGAAGUCUAGCAAAUCAAAUUGUCAGGUUGACGACUAUGAUGAUGACAAAACAACAAACUUUGGUGAACGUUAUUCUGAGGAAGAGCAGCAGGAGGAGGAGGAUGACAGGCAUGGAAACUUUAACAUCCCUGCAUAUAACCAAGAGGAACACCAUGUUGAGCAGCCCAUUGACUACAGUCGAAAGUAUCAAGCGGAUGUUCCACAGUCAGCUCAAAAGUCGUCAUUUUCCUAUUCAAAGAGCUCUUCCAAACAGAGAACUAAGAAAGACCAUGUGUCAUCUAGCAGUAAUACUCCAACACCAUCACCAAAUACAAACCGACAAAAUCAACUUCAUCCAAAUUCUGCUCAAUCCAGAAGUGGGCAAGCCAGACAGAAACCAGCUACAAGUAAACCUCCUUCAAUUAACCAAGAAACAAUACAGACCUACUGUGUAGAAGACACUCCUAUAUGUUUUUCUCGCUGCAGUUCUCUAUCAUCUUUGUCAUCUGCUGAAGAUGAAAUUGAGGGACGAGAGCGAAGUGUCCAGGGAGAAGGUGGCAAUAACACACUUCAAAUAACUGAGCUAAAAGACGGCAGGGAUUCUACAACAAAAGAAUGUGCUUCUACUGAAACUCGUUCAGCACCACAUCAUAUACGAACUAAAACAAGCAGACUGCCGACUUCAAACUUGUCUCCUUCAGAUGCCUUAAGACAUAAAUCGGUUGAAUUUUCUUCAGGUGCUAAAUCUCCCUCCAAAAGUGGUGCUCAGACACCUAAAAGCCCUCCAGAACAUUAUGUCCAAGAAACUCCUUUAAUGUUCAGCAGGUGUACCUCUGUGAGCUCACUGGAUAGUUUUGAAAGUCAUUCAAUAGCUAGCUCUGUGCAAAGUGAACCAUGUAGUGGCAUGGUUAGUGGAAUAAUAAGUCCUAGUGACCUUCCAGACAGCCCAGGGCAAACAAUGCCACCAAGUAGAUGUAAAACUCCACCACCCCCUCAAGCAACACAAAAUAAGAGAGAUACAAGUAAACCAAAGGUAACAAGUAGUGCAGAGGAAAGGGAGCCAGUGACAAAACAGACUGCUGUGCAUGCAGCCGUUCAGAGGGUUCAAGUACUUCAGGAAGCUGAUACUUUACUACAUUUUGCUACAGAGAGUACACCAGAUGGAUUCUCGUGUGCAUCCAGCCUAAGUGCUCUUAGCCUUGAUGAGCCAUACAUUCCUAAAGAUGUAGAACUUAAAAUCAUGCCUCCAGUACUUGAAAAUGAUCCGGCCAAUGAAGCAGAGUCUGAGAAGUCAAAAGAAUCUAAUAAUCACCAUCACAAAAAAGAAGAGAAACAAGGAGAACCAGAAAAGGACAUGCUAGAUGAUACUGAUGACGAUAUUGACAUAUUGGAGGAAUGUAUAAUAUCUGCUAUGCCUACAAAAUCCUCAAGGAAAAAUAAGAAAUCUUCCCAACCAACUGCAUCCAAAGCUGCUCCUCCUACUGCUAGGAAGCCAAGCCAACUUCCAGUGUAUAAACUUCUUCCUCCUCAAAACAGACUUCAAGCUCAAAAGCAUGUAAGUUUCACCCAUGCAGAUGAUAUGCCAAAAGUGUAUUGUGUGGAAGGCACACCUAUAAAUUUUUCUACAGCGACUUCUCUCAGUGAUCUCACAAUAGAGUCACCACCAAAUGAACUGGUACGCAAUGAUCAAGCCAACACUUUACCUGCUAACUAUGAAAGAAGGGACACAAUUCCUACUGAGGGUAGGAGUACAGAUGAGUCACAAGGUGGAAAAAGCUCAAAUACUGCUACAUCUGGUCUAGAGGAGGAUAAAACAGAGGAAGGUGAUAUUCUUGCCGAGUGCAUACAUUCCGCCAUGCCUAAAGGUAAAAGCCAUAAGCCUUAUAGAGUCAAAAAGAUUAUGGAUCAGAUUAAUCAUACAUCUAUUAGUGCUACUGGAAAUAGAAAUUCACAGGAAAACGAUAGGAAACCAACCUCCCCUGUGAAACCGAUGCCACAACUAGAUGGACGUUCAAAGGAAAACUCUGAACAAAAAAUUAGUUUAAUCCCUGAGAAACCUUACAAUGACACAAGAAAACAGAAUGUUAAAAAUCCAAGAGAAGUGAAUGAGAAAAUUCCAAAUAAUGAAGAACGUGCAAAAGGAAGCUUUGCUUUUGAUUCACCUCACCACUAUACUCCAAUUGAGGGCACACCUUACUGUUUUUCAAGGAAUGAUUCUUUGAGUUCUUUAGAUUUUGAUGAAGAUGAUGUUGAUCUUUCCAAAGAAAAGGAAGAGUUGCGGAAAGAAAUAAAAGAAAAUGACACAAAAGCAGAUAAAAAUUAUCCAUCCUCAAACCAGUCAUUAGGGAAAGGACAGCAUGAACAAAAUAUAGCUGGGAGAGGUCCAUCUAAAUCUGUACUACAAAAGCAGGCUUCAUUUCCACCUGCAUCUAAAGCCCAAGACAGAGGAGGAGCUUCGGAUGAGAAAAUGCAGAAUUUUGCCAUUGAAAAUACGCCUGUAUGCUUUUCACGCAAUUCAUCUCUCAGCUCAUUAAGUGAUAUUGACCAAGAAAAUAAUAAUAAAGAGAUUGAUCCACCUAAGCAAAAUGAACCACCUGACUCACAGAUGGAAAUUCGGAGACCUCAGACCUCAGGGUAUGCUCCUAAGUCCUUUCAUGUUGAAGAUACCCCAGUUUGCUUUUCUCGUAAUAGCUCUCUGAGUUCUUUAAGCAUUGACUCUGAAGAUGAUCUGCUACAAGAAUGCAUUAGUUCUGCAAUGCCAAAGAAGAAAAAGCCUUCAAAGACCAAAAGUGAAAAUGAAAAGGUCCGGUCAAAUAGUAUUGGUGGUAUUCUUGCUGAAGAGCCAGAUCUUACUCUAGAUUUAAGAGACCUACAAAGUCCUGAUUCUGAAAAUGCAUUUUCUCCAGAUUCGGAAAGCUUUGACUGGAAAGCAAUUCAGGAAGGUGCCAAUUCAAUUGUUAGUAGAUUACAUCAAGCAGCUGCUGGAGUCUCAUUGUCAAGACAAGGAUCUUCAGACUCUGAUUCAAUACUUUCAUUGAAAUCGGGUAUUUCUUUAGGAUCUCCAUUUCAUCUAACACCUGACAAAGAAGAGAAAACCAUCUCUGCAAACAAAGGGCCAAGAAUUUUAAAGCCAGGAGAAAAAAGCUCUAUGGAGGGGAAAAAAAAUGAAGAGGAUUCUAAAGGCAUUAAAGGAGGAAAGAAGGUAUAUAAAAGUAUGAUAACAGGAAAAUCACGCUCCAGCUCAGAUUUUUCAAGUCAGUGUAAACCUCCAGCACAAACAAAUAUGCCCUCAAUAUCUCGAGGUAGAACAAUGAUUCAUAUCCCAGGUGUCCGUGCUAGUUCUCCAAGUACAAGCCCUGUUUCAAAGAAAGUUCCUGUCUUAAAAAAUGUCCCAAUUAAAAGUUCUAACGACAACUCUGCCAACUCUCCUAGAGUGCAAAAACCAUUAAAAUCUGAAUCCUUCUACAAUAGCAGAUCAGCUGCUACCUCAAGUGGACCAAACAAAGGACCUUCUAGAUCGGGUUCAAGAGACUCUACUCCUUCAAGGCCUUCCCCUCAACCAUUGAGCAGACCUCUGCAGUCCCCUGGUCGAAGUUCAAUCUCACCAGGCAGAAAUGGGAUUAGUCCUCCUAACAAAUUUUCUCAGUUACCAAGGACAUCUUCCCCUAGCACCACAUCCACCAAAUCCUCUGGUUCAGGCAGAAUGUCAUAUACAUCUCCAGGUAGGCAAUUAAGUCAGCAGAGUAUGACCAAACUACCCAAAACAUCCAGUGGAAUUCCAAGAAGUGAAUCUGCAUCAAAAGGCUUGAAUCAAAAUGUAAACAACUCUGGAUCAACUAAGAAAGUAGAGCUGUCGAGAAUGUCUUCAACAAAAUCUAGUGAAAGUGAGUCUGAUAGAUCUGAAAGACCAGCUUUAGUACGCCAGUCUACUUUUAUCAAGGAAGCUCCUAGUCCAACUUUAAGAAGAAAAUUGGAGGAGUCUGCAUCCUUUGAGUCCUUGUCAUCUUCAUCAAGAGCUGACUCCCCAACAAGAUCUCAGUCUCAGACACCAGUAUUAAGCCCUUCUCUUCCUGAUAUGUCAUUAUCAACUCAUACUGUACAAUCAGGUGGCUGGAGAAAAACACCCCCAAACCUAAAUACUUCAUCAGAGCAAGGAGAUGUCAGAAAGCGUCAUGACAUAAGCCGGUCUCAUUCUGAAUCGCCAUCCAGGCUUCCAAUUACUCGAUCAGGAACUUGGAAGCGUGAGCACAGUAAGCAUUCAUCAUCACUUCCUCGUGUUAGCACUUGGAGAAGGACUGGAAGUUCAUCUUCCAUUUUGUCUGCGUCUUCUGAAUCUAGUGAGAAAGCAAAAAGUGAAGAUGAAAGACAGCCAUGUUCCUUUCCAGGGUCUAAAUCUACAUCAGACUGUCCAUCUACAAAAGGAACUUGGCGGAAAAUAAAGGAAAACGAAGUACUUGAGUCUGCAAAUAAUGGUACUGUUGUAGAAUCAGCAGAAAUUAGGACAGUCUAUCAAAUGGCACCGGCAGUUUCUAAAACAGAGGACGUAUGGGUAAGGAUUGAGGAUUGCCCAAUCAAUAACCCUAGAUCAGGCAGAUCACCUACUGGAAAUUCUCCCCCAGUUAUUGACAAUAUUUCAGAACUAGGGGAAAAGGAUGAGGGAGUAAAAGACUCACAAGGAAGGCAUCAUUCAGGGAAUGGAAAUGGGCUUGUUUUGGAAAACAGGCAGAAAUCUUUUAUUAAAUUAGAUGGUUUGGAUCCAAAAGGGACUGACCCAAAACCUGUAAUAAACAGCCAGGCUUCAGGGCAAGAGACAAAUGAAAAUUGUGCAACAGAGCGUACUCCAUUUAGCUCAAGCAGUUCAAGCAAACAUAGCUCACCAAGUGGGACUGUUGCUGCACGUGUAACUCCUUUUAAUUAUAACCCUAGCCCCAGAAAAAGCAAUGCAGAAAGUAGCACAGCCCGACCAUCCCAGAUCCCAACACCUGUGACUACAAACUCAAAGAAAAGAGACUCAAAAGGUGAAGCUACAGACUCUAGUGGUUCGCAAAGUCCCAAAAGACAUUCUGGCUCAUAUUUGGUUACUUCUGUUUAAAAAGACUAUCUGCAAUUAUUUGAAAUGAAAUACUGAUGUAUUAUUUUUUAGCUGUCCGUGUAUAUUGUUCAAAGACACAAAAUAUAAAAUCUGUAAAUACUGAUUUUUGAUGAGGGUUGUUCAGGAAGCCAUAAUUCAUGAAACAAUAUUUUCACUUAUUUACUGUAAAAUAACUGAUACAGUUUAAAAUAAUAAAACAUAGGAUAUUUAUAGAGCAUUUUCAUUGAACAGUUUGGGUCUUCAAAAAGCAUUUCAAGCUUUUUUUGACACCGAAAACAAGAUUAAUCAAUGAAAACAUAUAGACACCCUUUCUAACUGUAGCUGUAUCAAUGUAUUGAAAGAAUACGACCACCCUUGUGACAUCAGGUAAAACUUGUAUUGAAGCAGAAAAUAUUGGUGGGUUUAAUUAUUGUGAAUACAUUUACAUACUCAACUUACCAUGCAGCUGUUAACAGCAAUGUGAUUUCUACUGAAAGUUUUUUUUUGUUUUUGUUUUUUUUUUUCUUUGUUUUGUUUUCUCUCUUCUACUUCCUCCAUGGCUGGCCUUUCUGCAUGACUGAUCUGACAAUCCAAGUACUGUGAUCUCAUGAUGUUUAUAGGUACAGUAGGUAUUGUGUAACAAUCUACUACAAAAAAGGAAAUCUGUGUUGCAGUUAUACAACAUCAAACUUCCCCCGGCCCCCUAUUAGACUCUGUUUUAUCAGAGAUUAGUUGGUUCUUUUCACUGCUAUGCUGUAUAGUAUAUGUCUGGUAUUUGAGGUGAGAUGGCUGCUCUUUUAUGAUGAGACAGAAUGUCUCAGAGUAAUCUAACUAAACAUUUCUGAAUAAAUUAUUACUGUAUGUAAAUUCAUAAGUGUUUUUGUGAACUGUAAAAAUAUUAAGUGGCAUGCACAUUCUUUUUUUUUGGAAAUGGGGCGGUUUUUUUUUUUUUUUGUAAUUAAUAGCUAUAGGAGCUGAAUUCUUUGGUUGAUAUAAAUAUGACCUUUAAAGAGGCUUCUUUAUUUUUAAAAAUAUCUGAUUUAUAUGAUUUUGAGAAGAUUUUGAAAAGCAUGAGCUUGGCUAUCCCACACUUUAUUGCCUGUUAUUUUAUGUAAGUACAAUUUCGGGUAAAGAGUUAGUGAUAUUUAUUAAAACUUUUUUUUGUCCAGAUAUGUCAAAAGUUUAGAUUGCAAAGGGUCUCAGUACUGAAACCUGCUGCAGUCAUAAAUUAUAUUCUGGAAAAGUGCAUGGUAGUGAAUAUUUUACUGGCUGGCUGGCCACAUUAACUGACUCAUGAGUGAUAGCCAGGGAGUAAAGAGUGCUGCCCCACACUUUACCAGGUUAGAACUUAGGAUCGCAGCAGGUUUCAGGACUGAGACUCAAUGCGAUAUAAACUUUUUGAUGACAUGUCAAAAGCUUUUACAAAUGACAGGAACACUUUAAGCCUUACACUGAAGACAUGCGUAACCAGAGACAGAUUGGUUGCUAGGGACAGCCUGAUUUAAAAAGUGGUGUUUCCAUAGCAACACACUGCAGUGUUACUGUGCUGACUACAGAAAACAAGAAAAUCUGUCUGGCUUCAGUCAAGCCAGGCUGUUUUAUAGAUUUCUCUGUGUUACACAGUAGUAUUUAUUUUUUUCCAUUGGAUUACCUCUAAGAAUUUACCAAGGGUGUAUUCACAUGUUCAGUAUCCUGUGCUUAUUUAAUGCGCAGAAUUUGAAGCUGCAGAUCUGAUGCUGUGUUCAGUCAUUUAGUUUACAUUGAAAUUUGCAACAUUAAAUCUGCAGCUUCAAAUCCUGUGCAUCAAAUAUGUGUAGGAUACUGUACGUGUUAAUAAAUCGAAAGGAUGUAUUCACACAUACAGUAUCCUGUGCAGGAUUUGAAGUGGUGUUCAGUCGUUUAGCUUACAUUAAACUCUGCAUCAUAAAAUGCACAUCAAAUAUCCACAGGAUACUGGAUAGACAAUAAAAUGUUAUAUGAAACAUUUGAGGUUAAAAUCAUUAAAGGAGAAAUGCAGCAGAAAACUUUUACCUUCCCAUGUGCCCGGGCUGCA